AUGUGGAGAUCCUGGGUAGACCGAAUCAACACCGUAAACAAGAAUCCUUGCAGCGAUGACCAUCCUGCCAUGUCUCCCGAAGAGCUCCACCAGCGAGCACAAAAGCAGGCAAAUCUACGCGAUCUGUUCAAUCAGUCCCAAGAUUUGUUGAUGACUGAGAGUGAACGCUCCGAUAUAUUUCUUAGCCAAGUUUUACCCGCCUAUUGUGCAUUCUACGAUGCAGAUCCUGGACCCCAUGUUUUUGAGACUUUUUAUGAUAUCAGAACAUUCAUUGUUGUACUCGCCAGACAUCUCGUCAGCGGCAUUCGGAGUGUGCCCGACACAACGAACAAGACAGAGUCCAGUAAAGUACUUAUGGAUAAUCUUCGAUCAAAGCUACACCUAUAUUAUGUUCUGAAAGCUAUCAAUAUUUCUACAUUUGGUCCUAACGUUCUGGUUACAGUAAUGCUCCAGCAACGUGUCCCAUCUGUGGUUAUCAAAUUAUUCAGAUCUUUUAUCGACCUGCCUCGUAGCUACUAUGAUACAGAGACAAAACAAGGAGUUAGUGAUAGUAUGGUGACCUUGGAAGACGCAGGGAACGUUGUUGUUGAUACAUUGAAGCAAUGUGUCAAAAAUCCGUCUGUUUUAACUCGUUUGAUUGUUGAAGACACGUUUUUCUUACUUUUGCGACUAAUAUUGGCUAAACCAGCAGAAUGGAUAGCUUCUCCAAAUGAUGGAGAAACACAAGAGCCAGGAUAUAUGGUGUGGAAGCAUAAGUACGACUUGUGA